AUGUCCAGUAGAGUUGACAUUAAACAGCGCUCGCUGUCUGUCCACAACCGUAACGUCGCCCGACGUCCUCGCUUUCAGUCCAAUAACUGUUCCCCGCAUCGACACGCCAACCGUGUCCAUUAUCCGUUUACUUAUUUCUUCGUGACUGCCUAUAUGGAGUACAGCGUGGACCUCGGGUUGGUUAUUGACUCACUCUACAACCUGACUGUUGACCAUUGGGAGCGCUUUCAACAAUCGCGGGAACGGGCAGAACUUGACUCGUCCAUUUCGUACAGUCGCACUGUCCUUGGCCUUCAUCCUGAAGGACAUCCGGGCUGCUCAGAGAUAUUGGACAAUCUUGGAAAUUUCCUUAACGUCCGAUUCCAGCAGUACGGGAGAUUAGAAGAUCUAGAGGAUGCCAUUACUGUAGCGGACUGUAUGUAG